AUGGAUUCCGUUUCUAAAAAUAUGGAUAGAGCGAUUGCUGCUGAAGGCAGUAAUGAAGAGGAGUUUGAUCUGUCUAGCGCUGAUUCUUCCCUUGUGAUAGCGACUGAAAGUAGGAUACAAAGGAUCUCCCGGGAAUACCUCAAACCCAACAUUGGGUUGGUUUUAUUAGUUGUAUCACAGUUUUUCAAUUCUCUGAUGGUGGUGUCUACCAAAGUCCUGGAGACUGACGAGGUUGGUGAAGACGAAGAACCCAUAAAACCGCUUCAGAUCUUAUUGGUGAGGAUGGCGAUAACUUACAUCGGAACUUUGAUUUACAUGUACUGCAACAGAUCGACUAUCCAAAAUGUACCGUUUGGCCCUUCCUCGAUGCGUAAAUGGCUGGUGCUUAGAGGAGUCACUGGGUUUUUUGGAGUUUUCGGAAUGUACUUUUCGCUGUUGUAUUUGAGCAUAAGUGACGCAGUACUGAUAACAUUUCUGACACCAACAGUCACCGUAAUAUUAGCAUGGGUUGUCUUACGGGAGAAGCUAACCCGAAUGGAAAUUGCCGGGUCCGUAGUCUCGCUGGCUGGUGUCGUGCUUAUCGUCCGUCCAUCGUUCUUAUUUGGAACUAUUGUGGAACCCAGCGGUGCUGUGGAAAGCGAAGAUCCAAAACAAAGGUUGAUUGCUACCAUCGUUGCACUGAUAGGAGUUCUUGGCGCCAGCGCAGUCUACAUCAUAAUAAGAUUUAUCGGCAGCAAGGCACAUGCGAUAUUAAGCGUUAGCUACUUUUCGAUGAUCGUAACCAUUAUAUCUUUGUUCGGCAUAUUGCUCAUACCAUCGAUGAGUUUUCAAGUCCCAAAGGAUCCGAAACAGUGGCUGCUUUUCAGCAAUCUAGGUGUGUGCGGCUUCGUAUUUCAGCUCUUGUUGACGAUGGGCAUUCAAAAGGAGCGCGCGGGAAGAGGAUCGCUCAUGUCGUACACACAACUGAUAUAUGCGGUUUUCUGGGACGUCUCUCUGUGGCACCACUGGCCCAGUUUCUGGAGCUGGCUCGGCAUGAUUGUUAUUCUUACUACAACCAUUAUCGUUGGCAAGUUCAAGCCAAAACAAGACACAAGGACUGCGGUUGUGCCAUUACCCGAUCAAGAAGUGGCAUUGUCAGGUACAAAUUACGAACACGAAGUUGAACACAUUCCCUUAGAUGAGAUAUCCAAAUGA